UAUAAACUGAGUGUAAGUGUGUUCAUGUACGGGUGAGAGAGAGAGAAGCAAGACAGAACAGUCUAAAUCUCAUACUUCUUGAUCGUCCAGAUCGUGAACCAACAUUAAUGAGAAAGAUGAAGACCUUGGCCAUCCUUGUCCUCUGUGCUCUGGCAUUUGUGUGCCACUCUAUUGGAGGUAAGAGCAGAGAAAGAGUGACAGCGUUAGUCAAUGUUUUGCACCUGUGCAAAAUGUGCAACUGUUUUUAGGAUUUCAGCAUAAAUGGAAUAAGGAAAAUAAUCAAAUAACUAAACUUCAUAUUAAUGUUAAAGAAUAAAUAAAACGUAAAUAUUUAAAAUGUUGUAGUUAUGUUUUCAGAUCGAGAUAAUUAAUCAUGUACAAUACUGUUUCCUCUCUACACAGAUUCCUCUACCUCCACUGCCUCAAAGGCUGCUAGUGAGAAGAGAGUGGGUAAGAGACAUCAGUAGGAUAAUUGGUACCAGAAUGGAAGUGAACUGAUUGUGUGUACUGUAUUGUUGAUGACCAGUAGUAGAUGCACUGAACAUGGUUAUUCUAAGUGCAGUGUGAUUACACUUGUUUAUAUUUCUCUUGUUUCAAAAAGUGAAUAUAUUCUAUGACCUUACAGGUGUGUUUGUUAAGAAGGACCUGGCCUCCACUUUGGUGAGACAGAAGAGAGCCGGCACUGCCCUUGCAGACUUGUCCCUGACUCAGCUGGAGAGGUACAGUACUGUUCUGUUGUCCCCUGUCUGUCAUCUGAUAGCCUGGCACACAGGGUUGUGUUUCUACAAUGUGUCGAAAGCGUUCCACAAGGAUGCUGGCCCAUGUUGACUCCAAUGCUUCCCACAGUUGUGUGAAGUUGGCUGGAUGUAAUUUGGGUGGAGGAUCAUUCUUAAUACACACGGGAAACUGUUGAGCGUGAAAAACCCAGCAGUGUUGCCGUUCUUGACAGAAACCAGUACGCCUGGCACCUACUACCAUACCACGUUCAAAGGCACUUAAAUAUUUUGUCUUGCCCAUUCACCCUCUGAAUGGCACACAAACACAAUCCAUGUCUCAAUUGUCUCAAGGCUUAAAAAUCAUUCUUUAACCUGUCUCCUCCCUUUCAUCUACACUGACUGAAGUGGAUUUAACAAAUGAAAUCAAUAAGGGAUCAUAGCUCUCACCUGGAUUCUCCUGGUCAGUCUAUAUCAUGGAAAGAGCAGGUGUUGUUAAUGUUUUGUACACUCAGUGUAUGUGUUUUGCUGUUAAUCAAUGUUUGUAUGGGAACAAGCAUCCUUUCCACUUCAUUUAAGAUUCAUUUAAGAGUAAAUAUGCUCAAAUAUUCUGGGAAUUUCCUGUUGUUAUCAUGGAGUGAAAUGUUAUGUCUAUAAGCCUAUUUAUUCUAACUGGAUAAUAUCUCAAUUUUCAUCUAUGUUUUUUUUUCUUCCCCCUUUCUUAUUUCACCUCUUCCUCUUAUUUUAUGGAAACUGCGCAACCCUUUCAUUCCCAGUCUGAGGGAAGUGUGUGAGCUUAACUACUGGUGUGAGAACAUGAUGGACACAGCUGGGAUCAUUGCUGCCUACACCGAAUACUACGGACCAAUCCCAUACUAGAUGUCAACCCACUCCACCAACCAACUUCCAUUCUGCAAGGCUUUUUGGAGAGAAAUUGUUGUAAUGUUUUGAGGAUGUAACUUCUGAAUAAAUCUUUUAAAAUGUAGAAUAAAUUGAUACGGUGAUAGAGGGAGAGAGAGAGAGCGAGAGAGAUA